CUCCUUCCCCACUUCUCGGAGCAGAAGGAUUAAAAGACCCAGAGCUCAGGCCUAGGCUUCCCGUGAGGCGGAAGAGACAGGCAGCACCUCUCUUCUCUCACUAGAACCUUGUGUCCGAGGAGGUCCUUCAGGAGACCUGGGAUGAGUGGUGCUUCCCCAAAAAAGACCCAUGGACAUUAAACAUCAUCAGAACAGCGCAAGAGGGCAAAGAAGAAAACAGCCUCAUACCACGGUGCAGAGGCUCCUGAGCUGGGGGCUGCCAGUCUCCUGUAGCCGGUUCCUGUGGCGCCAGCCGGGCGAGUUUCCUGUCACUGCUUUCCUGUUGGGGGCAGGCGCUGGGGGGCUCCUGGCCAUAGGUCUCUUUCAGCUCCUGGUGAACCCCAUGAACAUCUACGAAGAACAGAAGAUGAUGUUUUUGUACAGCUUGGUGGGCUUGGGGGCCAUGGGCUGGGGGACUUCCCCUCACAUCCGCUGUGCCAGCCUCCUACUAGUACCCAAGAUGCUCGGCAAGGAAGGCAGGCUCUUUGUCCUGGGAUACGCCUUGACUGCCAUCUAUGUGGGGCCAGUAGCCAAUCUGCGGCACAAUCUCAAUGACGUGAUCGCAUCGCUGGGCUGCACCGUGGAGCUGCAGAUCAACAACACCCGUGCAGCUUGGCGCGUCUCCACAGCCCCCUUACGGGCCGUGUUCAAGGACCUGCUGAGUAGCAAAGAAUUGCUGAGAGCAGAGACUCGGAACAUCUCUGCCACUUUUGAGGACCUGGAUGCCCAGGUGAAUAGUGAGACGGGCUACAUGCCUGAGGAUGCUGUGGACUCAGGGGAGACAGCCCAGGGCAGGGAGGCCCGCCAAGCCCCAGCCUCCAGACUCCACCUGUCGACACAGAAGAUGUAUGAGCUGAAGACCAAGCUGCGUUGCUCCUAUGUGGUGAACCAGGCCAUACUCAGCUGCCGUCGUUGGUUUGACCACAAGCAUGAACAGUGCAUGAAGCACAUCUGGGUCCCACUCCUCACCCACUUGCUCUGCCUGCCUAUGAAGUUCAAGUUCUUCUGUGGCAUUGCCAAGGUGAUGGAGGUUUGGUGCCGCAAUCGCAUCCCAGUGGAAGGCAACUUUGGGCAGACCUACGACUCCCUCAACCAGUCUAUUCAUGGCCUGGAUGGGGAAUUUUCAGCCAAUAUUGACUUCAAGGAAGAAAAGCAGGCUGGGGUGCUGGGGCUCAACACGAGCUGGGAGCGCGUGAGCACCGAGGUGCGGGACUAUGUGUACCGCCAGGAGGCCCGGCUGGAGUGGGCCCUGGGGCUGCUGCAUGUGCUGCUCUCCUGCACUUUCCUGCUGGUCCUGCACGCGUCUUUCUCCUACAUGGACAGCUAUAACCAUGACAUUCGUUUUGACAACAUCUACAUCAGCACCUACUUCUGCCAGAUCGAUGACCGCAGGAAGAAGCUGGGCAAACGGACUCUGCUGCCACUCCGCAAAGCUGAGGCAAAAACCGUCAUCUUCCCUUGCAAGCCCACCAUCCAGGCCUCAGAAAUGAGCAAUGUGGUGAGGGAGCUCCUGGAGACACUGCCCAUUCUGCUGCUGCUGGUGGUGCUGUGCGGCUUGGACUGGGCUCUCUACUCCAUCUUCGACACCAUCCGCCACCACUCCUUUCUGCAGUACUCCUUCCGCAGCAGUCAUAAACUGGAGGUGAAGGUUGGGGGAGACUCCAUGCUAGCCCGGCUUCUUCGAAAAACCAUUGGGGCCCUGAACACCUCCUCAGAGACAGUGAUGGAAUCAAACAACAUGCCCUGCCUGCCCCAGCCUGUGGGCCUGGAUGCCAGGGCCUACUGGAGAGCUGCGCUACCGAUUGGCCUGUUAGUGUGUCUCUGCCUGUUACAGGCUUUUGGCUACCGACUCCGGAGGGUCAUCGCAGCCUUCUACUUCCCCAAGCGAGAGAAGAAGCGGAUCCUGUUCCUCUACAAUGACCUAUUGAAGAAAAGAGCAGCCUUCACCAAACUCAGGAGGGCCGCUAUCCUGAGGCGGGCGCGACAGCAGAAGGCUUCGCGCCACCCGCUGGCGGAUAUCCUGCACCGCGGCUGCCCGCUCCUGCGCCGCUGGCUGCGCCGGCGCUGCGUGGUGUGCCAGGCACCCGAGACGCCCGAGUCCUACGUGUGCCGGACGCUGGACUGCGAGGCCGUGUACUGCUGGUCGUGCUGGGACGACAUGCGGCAGCGGUGCCCGGUCUGCACGCCCCGCGAGGAGCUCUCUUCCUCCGCCUUUAGUGACAGCAACGACGACACUGCCUACGCGGGGUAAAGAGGCGUCCUGCUCGCUCUUCCGCUCCGUCCUUCCCGGUUAAUAAAAUGCCCUGUACGCUU